AGGAUGGCGGGGUGCCAUCUCAGGCCUGAGCCUGGCCCGCAGAGAGGUUGCCUGCCGAGAUCGCACGUUCUGCCCGAGCGCACGUGCGGGCCGACAUCAGGGUCACCGGCCUCUGCCGGGAGCGAGGGUCGGCGAUGCGGAUAGGACGCAGGUCACGACGGCAGUUGGGAGCUGAGUUGGGGAGAACGUUUCCAGGUCCCGUGGACCUUGCUGUUCCUCAUCAUGACGGUGAAGCUUACCUACGGCCCACUGGCGACGUGCGUCUCGCUGCUGAAGCUGGAGGCGUUCCCCACGGAGGUUCGCGCCUCGACCUUCGCGCUCGUGAGCAUGAUGGGCAAGCUCCUCGCCCUCGUGGCCCCGACCGCCGCGGAGGUCCUACGGGGCGGUCCUUCUGCUGACGAUUGGACGUGGGCCAACCUGAUGGGUUACAUGGGGUGCCUGUCUGCAGCGUCUGUGCUCACAGGCGCCUUCGUGUUCCUGGUGGACCGCGGAGUGGAGGAGCACGCCCCCCUGGAGGACUCGGAGCACCCCGGGGAGCACCGUGCGGUGGACAUGUCCCCGAAUGACAAGGCGGACAGGUCUCCACGGUCCGCGCUGGGGUCUCCGAUGUCCAGGGCGUCACGCUGCAGCUCUCCAUAUGGGAGUUUCUUCGACAUCUGGGCGCCCGGGUCGACACCAGGCAGCAAGGCCGGCGCGUUCGACAGCUGGAUGCCCAGGACGCCCGGGAUUGGCCCGUUCGGGCUGCCCGACGACUCGCCGUCGUCGAGAUGGCGCCCGCUGGAGCCGGCGCCAUCUCCGAAGACCCCGGCGGGCGCGCCUCCCAGGAUCAUUCGUGAGUGCAGGUAUUUGCGGAAGUGAUACGCUCAUGUGACGGGCGUGGAUUUUCGGCUCGGGUUGCACGCAGCUUGUAGCUCCCUUCCGGUUAAUCGGAUGCGUCGAUCUUAGCGGCGUGAGCAAAACGCUCUGUCGCGGAAUUGUAUCUUGUUUGCGACAGGGGGUUCAAGAGCAACACGGUGCUGGCAGUGCGACGUACUUGAUCGAUACCAACGUAGAGAGAACGUGUCGAGGAAACCACAGGACCUCCUGAAGUGGCAACAGUGCAGCUGUGCGCUACAGGAGGAUGUGCAUAUAUGGGGCAUUCAUUCGGUCUCGGUGCAAACGCGAAGCACAUCGCCGCGUGAUCGUUCCCGAGGCAACUCGGGAGUGACAGCUACGCGUGGAUUUCUGAGGUGUUCGUGGGGUGGCUGUGACAUACUUCAGCGAGAAAAGCAAGUGCGAGGCAUCAUUGAUUGACAUGAGGUAGGCACGACUCCUUUACGAUAUCGUCUGUAGGGUCACAUUUGGGCGACG